AUGUUUUAGUUUUAAGAGCCAUUUGAAAUAGAAGCAUGUUUUGAAUAAAUUUAUCAAAAUAGUUUAGGAGAUUAAUUUUCACAAGAAUUGAUUAAUGAUACUAUUAUUUCGUUUCAAGAGUUUCUCAAUCAGAACGAACUUGUAGAUAGAAAUACAAAAGUUUUAUUGUUUGGAUCAAUUCUUAAUGGAUUUUCAACAAAAAAAUCUGAUAUCGAUUUUACAAUAACUACAAAUUCUUAUAUAUCUGAAAUUAAGGUUUUAGAAUAUUGGAUUUCUCAAUUGAAAUACCAAACUAGAUUUUAAAUAUAGUAAAAUUUACUUCAUGCUCGAACUCCCGUAAUAAAAAUACUAGAUUCAUAAAAUCUAAUCUUUAUUGAUUUGUGUUAUAAUAAUCUACUCGGUGCAAUCAAUACACGAUUAUUGAAAGCGUAUUCUUAACUGGAUGAGAAGGUUAAAAAAGUAAAUUUAUUUGAAUAAUAAGGGUGGAAUUUUAUUAAAGAUGUGGGGUAAGGGAGCAAAAAUAAUAAAUAAUUUUCUUUUUUCAUCAUAUUCAAUCAUAAUUCUUUGGCUCCAUUUUUUACAAGCUAAAUAUUAGCUGCCCAAUUUAUAAGAUUAGAAAUACAAUAUAAAUAAAAUAGAAUCAGAUUUAAUAAUAAAAAGAUAACUUUACUAAGAUGAAAAUGUGAUUACAAUAAGAACUUUCUUUGUAAUUAUUUAAAUAAAUUUAAAGUUGCACGAGGAUGAAGUUUAUGAAAAAGUUAAAUACGAAUUUCAAAAAAGAAUUUCUUAAAUUUCUUUGAAAACUUUAUUUGAAGAAUUUUUUACUUAUUAUUCAUAGGAUGGAUAUGGGUUUAAUUAACCAUAUAAAAUUUCGAUAAAUUAAAAAGAAUUGAAAAAUUAAAAUAUUAAAUAUUCUAUGUGUGAUCCUUUUGAUCCACUUCAUGAUCCAUUAUUAAAAAUAAACAAUGCUUUUAAAAAUAAUAAAGCUUUUUCUAAUGCUGUAUUUUUUUUGUAAAACAAGUGGAAUGUAGAAUAUUUGUUUAAAGAGGAGAAUGAAUAAUUACAUUACUGA